AUGGAACGACGUUUGAUGCUGUGGUUUAUUGUAUGUAUAGUGCUCUCCAUACUAACAACAUUGUUUAUGCGAUGCCUUGAUUGGAGCUAUUUAUCAUCUAAAGAUAUUCCAAUGACCGUAUCCGAGAAUAUUGAAAUACCUGCCUCCCAGAAUAUUAGGAUAACUGCAAUUAAGAAGGUCAAACCAAUUCACGUGUUAAUUAACGCUAGAAUGCGUACAGGAUCAUCUUUGACCGGUCGUUAUUUUUCUAAUCAUCCUGGAUUUAUGUACCUAUACGAACCGGAACUCGCUUUACGAAAGUCGUUUCAUUAUAAUGUAUACAACGACAGUGCAGCAAAUAUCGAGAAACUUCAAAAACCGUUCUACAAAAUUAUUGAGGGAUUUUUUGACUGUGAUUAUACAAGAUGUCCUGAACUAUUGCCUGUUAUCAACAAGACAAAGUGGAUGAAAUCAAGUAAUGGUCUCGCCCACCUUGAAGGCCCUCAGUUUAAUGCCAAACGAAUAUCUGAAAUAUGCAUGACAAAGGCUCAUCGUGUGGUGAAGACUGUGCGGAUAAAUGAUAUUUCCAAAGGUCUGGAAACGUUAAAGAAGUAUGAUGCGAAAGUCAUCCAAAUUGUAAGAGAUCCUCGGGCAAUGAUCAACUCGAGAAUAAAGUUUGAACACUUGGACACAUGUGAAAAACAGGGGAAAAGCGCGCAAAAAAUCAGUGACGCUAGUAAAAACUAUUGUAUAUGGUUAAAAACUAACAUAGACGCAGUUCGCAACGGGUCAGAGUGGUUGAAGAAACACUAUAUGAUCGUGCGGUACGAGGACCUGACUUCAAGACCACGUCAACUAGUUCUGCAAAUGUACGCCUUUAUAGGCGUGUCAGCUACAGAUGAGAUUGACAAGAUUCUGUCAAGCCAGAAAUCAAAACCAGUCAAUGCAGUUGCAUGGAGAUAUAGUCUACCCUUCAAUCAAACACGCAUUGUUCAAAAUAACUGCCAUGACGACAUAUUCGAAACUCUAGGGUAUGUGACAGUCCAUAAUAAAAACCAGCAACACAAUAAUUCACUCACUCUGAUUACGUCAUCGUCACCACAUAUUAGUAAAUUGAUCACCCUGGAGUCGGAUUCUGAAUAA